AUGUCUGGUCGCGGUAAAGGUGGAAAAGGUCUUGGAAAAGGAGGUGCUAAGCGUCACCGAAAAGUUCUACGUGACAACAUUCAAGGAAUUACCAAACCAGCAAUUAGACGUCUCGCCCGCAGAGGAGGAGUGAAGAGAAUCUCUGGUUUAAUCUAUGAAGAAACUCGUGGAGUCCUAAAAGUAUUUUUGGAGAACAUUAUCCGGGAUGCUGUCACUUAUACAGAGCACGCCAGAAGGAAAACCGUCACGGCCAUGGAUAUUGUUUACUCACUGAAAAGACAAGGGCGUACCUUAUAUGGUUUUGGUGGUUGA